GGAUACUGGCUUUACUGCUAAAUUGAAAUAAACGCAUGACUGUUAUUUUCUGAGACAAAAUGUCAAUAACCACUUGCCAGAAGGUUACUCUUAUAUCAUGUUCUGUUCUCUGCGUUUCGCUCUUCCUGCCCAGGAUGCUGUUACCCAGAGGGAAAAAGGAGAUGGGGCAGCCUGAGGUUGGACCAGGGUUCUACCCUUCAGGGAUGCAUCAGCUGUCGGUGCCAGAGGACCAAGAACAGUGGGGUGUAGACCCUUCAUAUACCGUGACACACAAUGUUGAGGCCAUGGUAAAAGUAAAAGGCAUUGGAAAAGGCAAAAAAUACAACCUGAUGGCUCAAGUGAUACCCAUAUAUGGCUUUGGGAUCCUUCUUUACAUCCUUUAUAUCAUCUAUAAGCUGACAUGUAAGGGGAAUACUAAUAAAUCAAGGAGCUACACUAGUGGAACCAAAACACACAUGGAACCUAUAAAAAUAAAUGAUUAUGAGCUUGCCAGGCUUCAGGAAAGGCUCAUACAAACAGAAAAGAUGAUGGAGAGGAUUGUUUCUCAGAAGAGCCAUUGUUCUGGGAGUGGCAGAAGGAGGAAGAGUAAAACCUCAACGUCAAAGAAGGAGGAGAAAUUGUUAAGGCAGCUCAGACAGAUCACACAGCUGAUUCAAGAGAGCCGCUUGGAGGGAGCUUCCCCGGAGAUGGAGGCGGAGGAGGUCCCCUACGGUGCAGACUGGGAAGGCUACCCAGAGGAGACCUUCCCCGACUAUGACGAUCACUGUAAUAGGAGUAGAUUUGAGACUAUUAGGCUGGAGAGACCCCCAAACCAGCCCACUGCCGAGGCCCUGGCAGAGAGUAUGGUGCAAGAGGAGGAAGAGGUCAUGGCAAGGAAACUCUCCAUAGUGCAAGAGGAAGAUGAAGAUGAAGAAGGCAGGGAGGAAGAAUGUGAAGAGGAGGAGGAGGAGGAGGAGGAGGAGGAGGAAGAGGAAGAAGUGGAGGCAGUAGAGGAAGACACAGUGCCGGAAGAGGAAGAUGAUGAGGAUGAGGAGGUUGAGGCGGAGAAAAGGCUCUUGCUCAUUCCCCCUUCAUUCCAGCCUGCUGUUGAAAGAAAGCCGGAGAGAGUUGGCUUGGAGGUGAUGAAAGAGCUGCAGUGUCACAACGGAGGGAAGAAGCAAAUAACCUUCAGUGACCACAAAGAUGUCUUCCACUACCCCAAAGAGGACACUUAUGAGGAUGAGGAUGAGGAUGAGGAUGAGGAUGAGGAUGAGGAUGAGGAGGAAGAGGAGGAGGAGGAGGAGAGGGAAGAUGAGGUGGAGGAAGAGGAUGAGGGGACAGAGGUGGAGGAGGAGGAAGUGGAUGAAGAGGAUCCGGUGAUGGAGGCAGAGAGUCUGCAGUUCGGUUGUGCAGGAAACGCAGAGGAAGAAGCAGAGGAGGAGGCAGAGGAGGACGAAGAAGAGCACCUCUUAACGUCAGCGUCUGUGGAGGGCGAAGGUCGUAUCCAUGCAGAGACGCCUAAAGAAGUCAGUGUGAGUGGGCUGAGGAUGCGCAACAGGAGAGAGACUUAAAGGACUUUUCCUGUGUCCAAAACAUUUAAAACAUUCUAAAACAUGUAGUGAACCCAGUGCUCCUUAAGUCACACUAAUACAUUGAUCAGCCAUAACAUUAUGACCAUACAUUUUGACCAUAGUCACUGGUAAAGUGAAUAAUACUGUUAUAAUGGCAUUGGCGGUGGCACUGUCAGGGGUAUAUCUGGUAGCAGGUUAACAUUUAAUCAGCUUUUUUUUUUUUUUUUUUUUUUUUUUUUAGCCCCAAAACUGCUGUUCUGUUUCCUGUUAUGAUCAGUAGCUUUCAAAACUAGUUCAAGGAAGGACGCUCAUAUUGCUGACAAAUAAAAUGCUGGUUCUGAUAGAUAAAUGUCAGAACACACAGUGUAUCACAGUUUGUUUUGUACUGGGCUGCAGCCACAGACCCAUCAGGGUGCCCACGCUGACCCCUGUCCUCUGCUGAAAGCACCUACAACAGCCAUGAUGCUUUGUUUCAAAGUAACGAUCAUCACAUGAAUGCCAGAUACCGGGUUUCCCAGAAGAACAUUACUGAGAUCAUCAAUGUUAUUCACUACACCAGUUGGCAGAUUUAAUGUUGUGGCUGAUCAGUCCAUGUUUAAACUACAGACCUCAAGCUAAACACAGACAUGCAGAUAUUUUAAUCAGACCUUUUGUACACAUAAAACUCUCCUUUAGCUUAAUCAGUAUUGUAAGAGCUUCUGGUGCUUGUGUGUUUGUUUUACUCAAACAGAAAAAAUGUUUCCAGAAGCUCAGCUUUAAGGAGCAUUUAAGCCGUUAUCAUCUGAAGGGUUCACCACAUUUUAUGUUCUUGCAAAGUAAAUCUUAUAAGGCUUUAUAAUGUUGAAGGCCAGGAUGUCCACAGUUCACCAACACAGGUGUGGCCACAUGUUUGACUGAUUAGACCUCUUUUCAAGCCUGUGGAUUUGAGAAUAAUGAAUCCUGGUUAAUUAAAAACAUCCAUGUGGGUGUGAACUGAACAUCAUCAUGUAGCUUUUCUACAAAUUAAACAUAGUUCCAAGUGUGCACUACCUCAUGUAUCUGGCUCCUCCUGGUGGUUCAGCGUGGUUCUGCUCAUGGGAAUGAUUGUUAAUGCAGCAGAACAACUCACUAGAUAAAGGCAUUACAAAUACAAAUGAGCUAAAUGUAUGGUGUGGAGUAUGCUGUAAGAUAGCUCUCAGCUGUCACUGCCCUGCAUAUUUUUUGCAUUAGCUGCUUUGUGCAUUGCUGCCUUGAGAGAUUGAUAUAAAUGAAUUAACACUGCAGAGAAAUCCAGCUUCUGCAGUGUGUUUAUGUGCAGUCAUGAGCUACAGCUCAAAGUCCAGGGCAGGGACUAACUUAAGUUGUGAGCACUUUGGGCUCGGAAUCAACAAAGAGCAAGACCCCCUAAAAGUAGCUUUCUAUUGUUUGCCUGUGUCUUCCAUAAUUUCUCUAUUCUUAUGUCUUUUGUAGCUUGUUUUUUUGUUUUGUUUUAAAUUUUAGGCCCUCACAUCACCCCCAGCGACCUCAGGGUUCUUACAGCACAAAACACACACUUUCUUUUAACCAACAAACCUGGAUCAAGGUGGACAUUUAGACCUGUCACAUACAGUGCACGUGUAACUAAUAACAGUCCCUUCAGAUAUUAUAAUUCUAGAGACCUGAUAGUUUAUUAUCCCACCUUCGACUGUUAAAAUGUUCAGUUUGAAUAGCUGUAAAUGCAGCACAAAAAAUGUAGUAAUUCAACUGGAUGAUCAUUUUGGAGGACGUAGAUUGUGGUGUUAUUAAAAUGGAUUGAAUUCAACAGAGGAGCGUUUCUGUUAUUUAGCCUAACACACUGACUUCUUUUCCUGUGCUUCUUAUGGAUGGUAACUGUGCUAAUUUAAAAUAAUUUAUGUUUUGCUUAUACAUCACCAUAACCUAUUGCAAGCAUGCAUAGUACAUACUCAUUUUAUUUUGGGGGUUAUGGCUGUUACACUGCAACAUUUACAUCUGUUUUUCUGUCUUUAUUUAUUUUAUUUUUUUACCCCAAGCAGCAUUUCAUUUAUUCCAAUCAAAAUUUGCUGCAUAACCCAGCUACACUUCCUGUCUGUGUAAGAAAGUAAGUAAAAUGCACUCCUUAUUGUGAGUGUAGAAUAAACACGGAUAAACAUAUUGACCUUGAGACUAAAGAUGUGACACAAUAGUGACAUCAAGCAGAAAGAAGGCGAACAAGGCAGAAAGUUAGCGUUAACCAGUCAGCACCAUAGGAUUAAACAUCCCUGUUCCAUCCAUGAUUUUCCUCCCAGACACUGGUGAAAGAUUUUGCACGUAGGCCAUGUUGUAAGCAUGACAAUUACUGUGAAUAAUAAUAAUAUAAUAAUAUUUUAAGAUCCAUAAGGUGUUGUUCAUCUUGUUGUAAAAAAUGCCAGACCAUGAAAUCAAGACAAGCAUUGUUUUUCAUUUUCAAAUAAAGCAUUGUUUGUUUUA